AUGCAUGAACUGCUUAAACACGUGCUUAAUGAGCGCGAUUUGACUCGAGCAGGCGAUUUAUUCGCCAUCCCGGACUCUGACAUUGUGGAUGACUUAAAUGAAGUUUUAAAGCAAAUAACUGAGAUAUCGUCUCGACCUGAUUAUUGCCGCAAUGACCGCGAUCAGGCUCUCAUAGAAAUAUGUGUAACACGUACUACUUCUUGCAUUAAAGAAACAGGAACUUUGCCCAAAUACUGCGGGGCACUGGUGUCGCUUCUUGAAUCUUGUUUGCACCAUAAUCUGAUGCCUGUUGGUCAUCUUAGAGAUGAUGAUCCACCACAUGCAAAGAUUGCCUCGGAUAUAAUAGCUUGCAUUGUGCUGGUAUCAUUUCCACUGCAGUCAGAUAAAGAGACAAGUGGCAACAAGGAGGUGAUGGAGCUUUUCCUACCAGUAGCAGUGCAAUUUUUACACAAGGGCAAUAGAGAGAUAUCACGUCACAUGGCCCGGUAUCUUUCGUUGGCUGCAGUGCAUCAUGCGCCGUUACUUAAGCCCCAUGUUCAAACCAUCAUGGACUCUAUAAUGUCUGGCAAUUACCCACUUUGUCGCAUCCUAACUAAUUUAUAUGAAGUAUGUCCAGAGCCCCUAGAAGGGCAUGUCACUGCACUCGUCUCACUUUUACCUCACGCCGAACAAGUCGAGAAAAAUUCUCUGUUCGCGUUGUUCGAGCAAAUAGCAGUGCGAAGGCCCGAGGCGCUGAAGACAUGCGUGCCGCAGCUGCUAUCGUACUUGUGUAACAACACCGCCAGCCAGAGUGAUCCUGGUUGUAUGUGUGUGGAUUUAUUACAGCUGAUGGUUUGCAUAAGUCGAAGUCGCGCGUCCUUAGUCGUGGAGCAUAGUGCUGCGAUCCGGAGAGCUGCUAGGCCUCCGCAUGCUACCGCUAGAGCCUCUGCUCUAGUGGCCACCAUUCUGGCACAGCUUGGUCACACAAGCAGAGAGCGUGCACAGGAGGCGCUGAACUUCGUGGUGGAGCGGCUGAGCGGCGGCGAGCGCAGCGAGCAGGCGGCGCUGCUGCGCGAGGCCACCGCGCUCUGCUCCGCCUACCCCGCGCUCUUCACCGACCGCCUGCUGGCCGCCGUGCGCGCCAACAGCAGCAGUCGACCGAAAUCGACAAUUUCUCACAGUGAGGUGAACAGAACACCAGGGGGCGUCACAAUAGUGAAACUAGGGGGUACUACGACUACAAGUUCGGGGGCUGCGCCUUCGAGUUCCACGACUGUUAGCACGGCGGGGGCUUCAACACCCAGUACGGUCGCGGCUACGCCCCCCGCACCUCCCAUUACUGGGGGCUACACGAGACGAGUCAAAUUGGGAGAUUCGCGAAGUACGGGCCGACUACAUUCGGGGCCUAACUCGCACAGGAGCAUGACUAGACUUAAUGUCGCUGGUGGCUCAGUAGGAGGUUUACACAAAAGCAUGACGCGGUUGUCAUCCUCGCAACAGAUCAACCUUCAACAAAACGCCAAUCAACCCGUUGUUGCGGGCACCGCAAAGUGUGGCAGUGGCGGCGCGGCGCGGCGCCACCAUCACCACAACAUACUCAUUGGACCCUCAAAUGCCACGAACACCGGUCCCACCAUUAUCACCGGGCCACCGCUACAAACACAAUCUAUAUCCGUCAACCCGUUAACAACGGGCAAAUCCACGGACGCACUCACGCCGCUCACGUCGUCCGUUUCCAUUCAACAUUCCAACUCCGCCUUGGGUCAAAUAUCUGUUAUAACUCCCACGGCUAACGCACAUGGGCCAAUCGCCAACAACACAUCCGGUCAAACGGCUGGUCCAAUAACUGUCGGCGCGAACCCGGUGUCUAUAUCCGGGCCGGUGACGGUAACGUCUCGGCGGGCGAACAAUACGAGCGUCACCAUGAUUAACUCGAGUUCCAACUCAAACUCGAAUACGAACACUAACUCGAACCACCGGAUCAGCGUCUUCGAACCGUAUCCAAUGCGAGAUACCGUGCAGCAUUUCUGCGAGAAACACUUGGACAAAAUCAAGGCGUAUAUGGACAAUGUUUCGCUGAGGUUGCCACCGCCAGCCAAGUGCACUAUUGAAGAGCGUCGGUCGAAGAAGCAGGCACGUCUGCAGUUCGCGUGCGGGCGCCGCGGGCCGCACUGCCUUUAUGCGCGCGCCGCAUUCUCCAUGCGAACUCGCGCGCCCCGGGUCUGGAUCCACCUCAUGUUCCUCGCACUACAAGCUCGCCAUGCGGCUGCACUCUCCUCGAGAGACCCCACCGUGGCUAGCUUAAAGCACUGCUGGGACAUCCUCAAGUGCGAGAACAAGACCUUCCUUACGCUGGUGACGGGCGCAUUCCCCGGGGUUAAGGAGCAGGAGAUGCUAGCCAGUGAGCUUCGUGCCGCCGGUUUCUUCGACGUGUUCGAACUGAGUGCGCCCGCCACAUGGGGCUGUUUCCUCUGCACAAGACCUGAGAGGGCGGUGGGUUUCCUGGCGGCCGAGACGCCCGUCAUCGAGGGACAGCUCAAGGAGAAGAAGGGCCGCUGGCGACUCUUUCGGCGCUGGCGCACGCGAUACUUCACGCUAUCCGGCGCUCAUCUUUCAUGCAAAGGCAGCAGUGGAGGCGAAAGCAUAGACAUAAAUCAAAUACGCUCCGUUAAAGUUUCGAGAGGCGCGCGCAACAUUCCGAAGGCUUUUGAGAUAUUCACGGGCGAUCAAACUCUGAUCCUCAAGCCGAAGGACGGCAAAAACGCAGAGGAAUGGGCGCAAUGCCUGAGCAUCGCCGUAGCUCAUUCUCAAGCGAGGGACGCCCCAGCCAAAGCUAACAGCCUCCCGGCAAGAGGACUUACCCUUAAAAGUUUUUAA